GUUUUAUAUCAUUUCCGUCCACAAGAUCGAUGAGAAACUUUUCGACUUAGUAGCGAUUCAUGUCUCAGAAUUGGAGAGAAAUUUGACGGUGGUAAGGCGGGUUGGUAUAUGCGGCAGGCUAUGGCGGUUGCUAUAACUAGGCCUACUAGGUCUACCACAAGGGCCCCGACAGUUUGCUCUGUAGCAACGCGGGUCGCGGCCGUAGCUGUCACUUUGAGCCACCUUGGGCCUCAGGUAUACGGAGUGGCUGUGCAGAGCAGGAGAUAUGUUGCGAGCCGAUCACGGGAUACUGGAGUUAAGAUGGCCUGAAGAUGUGGGAUGUGGUUUGGUUGUUUUGACUGUGCAGAGGUCUUUUUUCGAGUUUUUUUUUUGGUUUCCACUCAACCGAGGCUAUGCUAGUUCUCCGUCUCCCUUUUUUGAUGAUGAUUGCACCUUUCUUCUAACAGUAGAGUUGGAGAAAAGUCUAUCAAGGCGCAGAAUGGAGGGCUAGAGGCGUUAGAUGAGACCGGUACUGUGGUGCAGGCAGCAGGCGCUUCUAGUAGCAGACAACAGGCGCUGAGCCCCGGUCUGGCUGGCAGAGCCGUUCUUCCGAACAAGAGCAAGAGCAGGCAGCGAGUGCCGGAGCUGGUACUAAGACGUGCACUGCAGAAAGCAGAGGCAGCACUCGCUGUCGAAGAUGCGGAGCAGGGAUCACCCACAGAGGCCAAGACAGGGAGCAAGAAGGACGCUGCGUCAAUAUAUCUUUAAGUGUCUCUUCAUAGCAUCUUCAUCCGAUGCUUCACAUCCGCACGAGGUCCGAGUGCAUGUACGGGACAACUAGGACAUAUCAUCUUGAGCCUGUAUCGAAGGGCAGUCUGGUAGUAGUUCACCGUCUAGCGUGACUCGACCUGAGGGGUCGCGAAGUCUACGUAUGACAUCAAUUAACUACACUAAAAGAAAUCAAGAACAUCAUUUUUUGAAUUUUCUCUAACAUCCGGCAGCACCAGGUGGACUAACUACUGGAGUCGUGACAGCGCGCGCGCCUGGAUCAAUCAACGGAGAGACGCUUGGCGGCAGUAGAACAGGAGAUAACAUGUUGUCUGGUACAACUGGAGAGCCUUCGUUUCCAGUCACGGCGCCUACAACAAAGGCACCAGCAGUCACAGCAAAGGCACCAGCAACGGUAAACGCCACAUCGGCGUCUGUCAACGCUACAGCACCGCAGGCAACGGCGGUGCCGGUGG